AUGAGUAAAAACAUUACAGAAGCUGUUGAAGAUUGGGAUAGUGUACAGAAAGAACUUGUAGAAGCUGAAAAAAAACAUGUAAAUUAUAUGUCAAUAUUACGUGAUCUUAAAAAACUUCAAGAUGAAUGUCUUAAACAUACAAAACACAUUUCUAAAAGAUUAAAAGAUGUCACAUCUGAAGUAAAAAGUAUUAAAGGAAACACCAGUUAUAAAUUAUCUGAUGAAGAAUCCGAGAAAAUUAAUAGUAUUAUUUCAUUGAUUCCUGAAACAACAUCAAAAUUAAAGGUUAUGGAGAGCGAACUACCUGCAGAAGGUAACGGAUGGUACCUUAAUUUAAUUUUAGGAAGCAAUUUGAAACUUAAGCUUCUUACUGGUGAUGAAAGAUAUGAUUAUAAAAAAAAGUAUGAAGAGUUUAAGAUAAAUCUUUCAUAUAUUUUAAUAGUUAUGGUUAUCUUAGCAUUAGUUUUUCCAUUCAGAGCUAUGGAUGCUUUGUUAAAUUUUCUUCUUGUUUGGUAUUAUUGUACAUUAACAAUAAGAGAAUCUAUUCUUCGUGUCAAUGGUUCACAUAUUAAAGGAUGGUGGUUAUUACAUCAUUAUGUUUCUUGUGUUCUUUGUGGUAUUACAUUAACAUGGGCUAAUUCAGAAUGCUACAAAGAUACUAGAGUUUAUUUACUUGGAUUAGUUUUAUACGUUGCAUCUGUUCAGAUAAUGCAAUAUUCUUAUCAAAGUGGUUGUCUAAGGAGACUUCAUGCACUUGGACAAAGGCAUUGUAUGGAUAUAACUGUUGAAGGAUUUGUUUCUUGGAUGUUUAAAGGAUUAACAUUUCUAAUACCAUUUCUUUUGUUUGGAUAUAUCCUUCAGCUUCUAAUAGCUUAUGAAUUGUUUUCUCUCUACAAUCAAGAGAAAUGUAAUCGUGAAUGGCAAAUUAUAGCUUCAAGUUUUGUCUUUUUCACUAUUGGUAUUGGAAAUAUUCUUACAUUAGGUAGAGUUAUUUAUAAGAAAUUAAAAGAACCUACUAAUCAAAGUAAAAUACUUAAAGCCAAAUCAAAAUAUUGUUAA